UGCCACAUCCUGCCCCACAUUUUUAUUAAUAGGAUUUACGUUUCCGUGACAACAUAUCUAAGUGACAUCACAGCAUUGAACAGUGAUAGAGGUCAUCUGAGUGGAACAGCGCCGCAUUCUUACAGGAGUCAGCAACGAACUUGAGUAAACACAUUUGCUGAAUGAGACGCAGUCAGGGAGACAGCAUUUUGAUGGGAAUGGAUUUCGUGUUUACCGUGGAGGUCGUGGGCAUCGCCCUGGGAGUCAUAGGAUUAAUACUGACCAUCGUGGUCUGUGCACUCCCCACCUGGAUAGAGAUAACCAUCAUAGAGGCUAAUGUUGCCAACACAGAGGUGGUAACGCACGGCCUGUGGAUGAGAUGUGUGACUCAAGGCAAGGGACAGACACAGUGUGAGGUGUACAACUCCAUGUGGGAUUUGCCAGAUUGUAUACAGCCUGUCAAAGCCAUGAUCCUCACUGCCAUCAUCCUGGGGGUUCUGGGGGUCACAAUCUCCAUGGUCGGAGCAAAGUGCACCUACUGCAUCAAAGAUGAAACGUCUCAGACUAAAUUGAUAAUCAUCGCUGGAAUUAUUUUCAUCCUGGACGGAAUUCUCAUCCUCAGCACUUUAUUCAUGGUAAAAAUAACCGUCCAAAUCGACUGCUUCAGACAGUACAAAGGAAACUUUGAGUUGGGGAACUCGCUGUACUUCAGCUGGGUGGCGGCCGCCCUGCUCCUCAUUGAAGGGUUCAUACUGUGCAUCAAUGUGGGAGUGUUUGGAUGGAUGAUGGGAAUCUUUGGAUGGAUAAUCUCCCUCAUGCCCUGUUAUAUCUCUGUAUUGUUUAUAUUGUACCCCUACACAUGGACGUUUCUGAUGAUCACGACCUCCAUCUCCUCCAUCCUGGGAGCUCUAGGAGUGAUGGGGUCCAUCUUUGGGACCAGGUGCUGUAACUGCAUCAAGAGUAACAGGAUCAGGGUCAAGGCCAGGUUCAUUGUUGGAAUAUUCUUCAUCCUGGCUGGUAUCCUGCAAUUCACCAAUGUCUUCUUGAGCUAUUACUUGACACAUAACCUUCCAGAAUACAGGAGGGGGCUUUUGAUAUCUUUUGCUGAACACAGUAGAUGGGCCGCCUCCAUGCUCCUGAUAGGAGGAACCAUACUCUGCUGCAGCACCUUGAAGAAGAAGCCAGACUCGACAACGACUAAAUCAAUCUCCCACUAACAUCUCUGUCCAGAAGCCGUACUUUCUUGUUUUAAAAACCAUAGGGAUCCAUUCAUUCUGAUUAUAUUAUGAAAACUCUUCUCUAUCCCUUCUGUUCGGUGUUAGAAUAUUGGAAGGGAUCAGAUUAGGUGUUCCACCUUGUCUUUAACCAGUCAAAGAGGACUUUUGACAUAUUGUGUUCAUAUAUUCAAUUAAUUUAGACUGAGAAGUUCCUGAGGAGACUGCAAUGAAGGGACGUAUUCUCACUGUUUCUUCUGAUUUCCUAUACUCAUAUUGAUACUUCUCUUUCUGUUUCUUUAAAAUGGGAUGAAUUUAAGUAGAAUAAGAUUUGAAUAAAACGUUGAUUGUUUAAUGCUGUUAAAAAUGUUCAAAUAAAAAUGU